AGAGGCAGGACGGCUUACACAGACUCACACUGUCACAGCUGUACCUGCAUUUGCUGGUACUCAAACUUGGUGAGGGACUUGGUUUAGAUUACAGGUGAAUCCGACAUUGUUUCAUCCUGAACAGGCACUAAAGAGAUCCUACAAAUCCCUCCCACCUGAUACCAUCAAAACUUGUGCAGGGACUUCAGAGAACCAUCAGAGAACAGAAAACAAAUUUAAAACCUGUAAACUCCAGAAAAGAAGCAAAGAAGUGAGCGAAAUGAGCACGAACAUGAAGAAGCAGCUGUGGGGGCUUGCUCGUAUACUUCUACCUGCUUUGGGGUUUGUGAUGACGUGCAGUGGGGCCUACCUACUGUCCCUGCAGACUGACGACGAGCAUGAUGUUAGUACCAUUCUCAUCUACAUGCUGAUUAUCUUGGGCUUUGUGGUUAUUGUCUCCGGGGUGUUGUGGACCGUCUGCCACAGCAUGAAGAGCAAGAUGUACUACAGAGGAAGACAUGAGCGGCGCAUUCAAGUCUUUACUGUUGAAAGGCCGAGCUGCUUUCCUCCGUCAUAUGAAGAGUCAGAGGGAAGGCUAGUCUCCUCCGAUACCACGCCUGAGCUUGUGGUCAGAGUGGAUGGUGUGGACAUGGUGAUGAGUGUGGCUCCCCCGCUGUACAGUCAGGACGGCUCGGAGCCUCCAGACUGUACGUUUAGCUGGGAACAACCUCCGCGAUACAGCGUGGUCGAGGGUAUUCAGCGAGGACAAGCAGAGGAGCAGAGGGAGGUCUCAUCCGGACACUGAGGGAAGAGCAGUUUCCAGACUGAGUUAAGAGAGAAACUUCCAGAACGAACUGGCUUUGGAUUGUUCACCUGCCAGAUGAUGGACGACAGAGAUGUGUUGACAUCAUCUUUGCAACAGGCUGGUUUUCAAAAUGAGGGUCUGUACAGAGGUAUGGCCAUGGUGACGUUGAUGGUUUAGUCUCUGGCUUCCUAAGACCAGAAAAAGCUGCACUUUAGAGUUGCAUUUGACUCAGAACUUACUGGGGGUUUUUUGGCACUGGAGCUCCAAUUUGAGCAGUAUUCAAAUCAAGCGUUUUUGUAUGUAUUUUGUAUUCAAGUGACUAAUUACACCUGUUAUAAGGUGUGCUAUGGAAUAAAAUGAUCAUGUUGCUUAAAA